AUGCUAGGGCAUUCAAUGGACGAAGAGGAUGACGGCAUCGUGGAGUCCAACGGCUGCGAUGGGCCAGGGCUCGCUGGGCCGAUCCUCAUUGUGGGGAACUACUGCCACGACACGAUCAUCACUCGAUCCUCGCGCACCGAUACCCUGGGCGGAUCGGCGGGUUACCUGGUGAAUGUCCUCGACGCUCUUGGCGUGGAAUCGGAGGUAAUCUCCAAGGUCGGCCCGGAUUUCGCCUAUCGGUCUAGGGUAUCGCAUCCGCCAGUGGUUGUCGAGCGAUCGGCGACGACGCACUUCGUGGCGGAUUACACAGGCGCCGAGGAUGAAGAUCGCGUGCUGCGAGCGGUCAAGAUGUGCGAUCCAAUUGUCUCGUCGGAUUUCGGCGGCGCUCGGCGGAGCCGCUAUGGGAUCGGCCUGGCAGCGGGCGUCGCCGGCGAGAUUCUGCCCGAGGCGCUGGAGAGGAUUAUCAAGCUGUGCGAUCGGGUGAUCGUGGAUCUCCAGGCGCUCAUCCGGCUCAUCGAUCCGGUGACGGGAGUGGUCAAAUAUCGCAAGCUCGAGGACACGGAGUUCUAUGGGAUGCUAGACAGGGUUUCUUUCGUCAAGGCGGCCCAGUCCGAGGCCAAGUACAUCGAUCUGGAGAACGCUCGCCAAAAGACGUGUGUGAUCGUCACAAACGGUGACAAAGGCAGCACGGUCUACAUCAAGAGCAACGAGUAUCACGUCCCGGCGUUUCCGGCGAGCGAGCUCGAUCCAACUGGUGCUGGAGAUAGUUUCUUGGGUGGAUUCACUGCGGGGCUCUAUCGAGGCCUGUCCGUCGAGAAGGCUGUGGUGGUGGGGAAUUAUUUUGGAGCGCUCGCUGUGUCUCAUGUGGGAAUUCCUACGCUCACGCAGUUCCAAGUCAAGGAUUCAGAUAAACUUUUUUCUGGCAACGAUUGUAGGCUUGCCUGAGCAACCUUUGCUACAGCGGCAUAGUACAAUUCUUAUUUUUUCUUGAUCCAGAAGAAUUCCAGAUAUACAGCAGGCAAUAAACAUAAGAGAGGGGCUUAUGAUUCUCCUCACGACAGCGUAAGGUUGCAAUGAUGUUUGCGAUGAUCUUUGCUAAUCACUGUAUGUUGACUAAGCCAUAGCUCGAAAGAAGGUGAGCGAGAGUAAAGCUUA